UUAGUAGGAAAGUAAUACAAUACCCACUGUGUUUCCCCUUUGAACCCCGGGGAUGUGGAAGACUCUCAGCACUGCCUUCUCCUUUUCUCUGCGUGGUUAAGAAAGCCUUGCACCUGCAGGCAAUUGCUGGCUUAGAAAACAAGAAUAACAUUAGCAGCAUUUUCCUUUUGCUCUCCUGAUUUGCAAACCAUCCUCCUUAUCUUCGCAGGGAAAUGCCCCCAGGUUUUAACUGGCCUUGUGUAUAUUUGUUUAUGAAGCUGACAAACUUGUCCCUGUAACUGCAUCUGCCCUGGGAAAGGAGCAGGUUUCCUCUGCUUUGCCCACCAGCAAUGCAGCAGGGCUGACUGCUCCUCCUGGCUCUGCCCUGGCUGGAUCUGCAGGGCUCAGCUCACCCCAGGGCUCCUUCUCCUCCUGGUUCCCAACAGGACUGCUCUUCCUGGUAAGUGGGUGGCAAAGCUGCGGUGCCCCCAGGGCCAGGAGUGUGUGAGAUCAUGAGAUACUGUCUCGAAAGGCAGAUGAGGCAAAACUUAUCUGGAGGCUGGAAAAACAGCCCAGGUGCAAAUACAGGGAUAUGAGAAAUGUUAGAAAAGCUGCUCGUUCAUCUUCCGUCCAUUGUAGGGCAGCGAUCUCAGGGAAAAGGAAGCACUGAAGAGCCUCUAUGGGAAGUUCAGUGGAGGUGCAGCUGCUGCUGAAAAAAAGCAGCGACAGACGAAAUCUGUGGGGAGACAGACAGGAAGAGGCACCUCCUGUGAAUGCUUCUGCAAGUGCCAGGGACGCAGCCCUCCCUACUGCACCAGCUGGAGCCUCAGUGCCUCACGACAGACAGAGAAAAUGGAGAAUACAGGCAAACGUGAUGCAGGGUCCUGCAGAAACCACACAGGGAAGCUACAAUCCUCUGCAUGAAUAGCAAGGAGCCCCAACACUGAAAUGUGGGCCAGCAGGAGGAAAGAUGUACUCACAGUGCGUGAUCUGCUGGUGUGAGAGCAGCUGGGCUGAGGGCACCACACUGGUCACAGCACUGGACCUUAAAAUAAAAGGGGGAUCAGGACAGGCAAGCUCCUGCUGUAUGGCAUUUCGGUUUGCUGGAGACGCUGUGCCAAAAGGUGUGAAAUAAUGUAAUAUGACUUUUUUUUUUUUUUUUUUCCUCCUGCAGUCCUUUCAGCUGGAUUUCCUGACUUAAAAAGCACUUCUCACUCUCCUGCCAGUUCAGUUGCUUAGGAAUUCAGUUGCCUUUGGAACAAGUCAAGAGCAGCACCAGCCAGACCAGCCCUCCCCAAAUCCUGCAAAGAAUGCAGGACAGCUCCCAAAGCCCUGAGCCUCCCCUGUCCCUCUGAUGCAGGCAUGGCUCCCCCAGCAGCUCCUGGCAGGACAGAAUGUUGGACAAAGACAUUUCCAUCUUUGCAUAGUGGAGGGAUUGGUGAUGGUUAAAGAUGUCCCAGGGAAGAUGGUAUCAAAGUCCAGAGCAGGGCAUCCCAGCAGGCCUUAUGGGAAAAGGACAACGGAUGUGGCCAGUACAGGUCACAGGAGCACUGCAUCAGGGCCAACUCCAUAGCACAGGGCCACUGCAACACAGGGGCAUCAGCCACACUGGUGAACAGGAACCUUCCCCAUCCCAGCAAGGGAAGAACCUCUACUGUGUGCAGCAGCCCCACACCCCCACUCCUGGCAGCACUGGGGAAGUGGCUUUUGUGAGGGUCCCUUCAAACAAGGAUGUUCUUGUCUGAGAGAAGGGAAAAAAGAUAAAACAGAGAGUGAUCUGCAGGAAACCAGACCAGAUGACAGAGAAUUUGCUUCUGGAUAUCUUGGCCAGGAAGCUGUGGGGAUUGCUUUGCCUUCUUCCCUGACACCUGCAGGUCCUGCUCACCUCUGGCAUGGCCACACCAGCAAUAGGACUGCUGGUGUGAGGUGGGGUGGGAUGCCACUGUGCCCAGAGUGGCAUCUGCUGUCCCACUGUGCUCUGGAGAGCUGCAUCCCUGUUGCAUUCUACUGCAUCUCCAUUGCACUACUGCAUCCCUACUGCCCGCAUCCUUGUUGCAUCCCUACUGCAUUCCUGUUGCAUCUCUACUGCAUCCCUGCUGCUUCCCUACUGCAUCUGUCCCUGUUGCUUCCCUGCCUGCAUCCCCACUGCAUUCCUGCCUGCAUCCCCAUUGCAUUCCUCCCUGCAUCCCUACUGCAUCCCUGUUGGUUCCCUGCCUGCAUCCCUACCUGCAUCCCCACUGCAUCCCUGUUGGUUCACUACUGCAUCCCUGCCUGCAUCCCUACUGCAUCCAUCCUUGCCUGUAUCCUUGCCUGCAUCCCUGUUGGUUCCCUACUGCAUCCAUCCGUGCUGCAUCCCUGCCUGCAUCCCUACUGCAUCCCUGUUGGUUCACUACUGCAUCCCUGCCUGCAUCCCUACUGCAUCCAUCCUUGCCUGCAUCCUUGCCUGCAUCCAUCCCUGCUGCAUCCCUGCCUGCAUCCCUGUUGCAUUCUACUGCAUCUCCAUUGCAUCCCUGCCUGCAUCCCUGCUACAUCUAUCCCCGCUACAACUACCUGCUCUCUCUACCGAUAUCCCUACCUGCAUCCCGCUCCCCCCGUCCCCUCCCGCUCACGUUCCCACCCGCACGAUCCCCACUCCCGCAGCCCCGGCACAGCCCCCCGUCCCUCGCGGCCGCACUUUGGGUACCCGCACCCCCUCCAUUGCCCCCGGAGCCGCUCCCACCGCUCUCCGCCUCCGCGGGGCGGUGCGCGGGGUCCCCUUAUUAAAGGUGAAGCGCCGCGGGGCGCGGGGGGACGCGGGGCGAUGGAGUACGCGGAGGCGGAUUAUUACUACGGGGAGGCGGAGGAGGAGGAGGAGGAGGGCAACGGGACGGCGUGCGCCUGGCAGGCGGACUGGGAGGCGUCCUUCUCGCUGCUGCCCGCGCUCUACGCGCUGGUCUUCGUGCUGGGGCUGGCGGGCAACGCGCUGGUUUUGCUGACGGUGUGGCGCGGCCCCCGAGCCAAGCGGCGCUCCGCCGACGCCUACAUCGGCAACCUGGCGUUGGCCGACCUGGCCUUCGUGGCCACGCUGCCGCUGUGGGCCGCCUACACGGCGCUGCGCUUCCACUGGCCCUUCGGCGCGGCGCUCUGCAAGCUCAGCAGCUACCUGGUGCUGCUCAACAUGUUCGCCUCCGCCUUCUGCCUGGGCGGGCUGAGCGCCGAGCGUUACCGCGCCGUGCUCCGCGCCGCCCCCCCGCCGCCCCGCGCCGCUUCCGCGCGUCUCCGCCGCCCCGCGGCUCUGGGUCCCCUGGCCGCGCUGUGGGCGGCGGCGGCGGCGGCGGCUCUGCCCGCUCUGCUGCUCCGCGAGGCGCGGAGGGACGCGCGGAACCGCACGCUGUGCGACCUGCGGUUAUGGGGGGAGGGGGGCGGCGCGGAGCGGGCGGCGGCGGCGCUCAGCCUCGGCACCACCGCGCUGGGCUUCGCCGCUCCGCUGCUGCUCAUGGCCGUGUGUUACUGCUGCGUGGGGAGCGCCGUCCGCCGCCACCUGCGGCCCCGCAGAGCCGAAGCGGCGGCGAGGAGGAGGCUGCUGCGGUUGAUCGCCGCGCUGGUCGGGGUGUUCGCAGGCUGCUGGCUGCCUUUCCAUCUGCUGAAGAGCCUCUUCGUGCUGGCGGCGGCCGGGCUGCUGGAGCUGCCGUGCGCUCUGCUCGGCCUCAUCUCCCGCCUGCAUCCCUACGCCACCUGCCUCGCCUACCUCAACAGCUGCCUCAACCCGCUGCUCUACGCCUUCCUCGACGGCCGCUUCCGAGCGCAGUGCCGAGCGCUGCUGGGGCUGCGCGGAGCCCGACCGCCCCCCGCCGCCUCCUCCACGCUGAGCGCUCCGACGCAGCGUUCCGAGCUGCCCUCCUCGGGGGGCACCAAGGUGUAGCGGCGCCCCUUCCUCCCAAUAAACGGCCGUGCCGCCCUCGG